AUGUACCAAGCAAUUCCCUGUGGGGUUGCACCCCCACCGGAAUUGUCUCACGCGGUGAAUUCGCCACUUCCUGUUGCCGUCGCGAAUUCGCCACUUCCCGUUGCCGUCGGUUUAGCAUGUAAUCGUGUCAGGGCCUUUCCAUUCCACCUGUGCUUGACGUUAGGGUUUGUAUUUCCACCCCUAGCCAGUGAUCAGAGGUGCGUAGGAGUGCACGGGAUCAAUUUUGUUCGAAUCACUGCAUUGCUGUUUUCGUUUGCGCAAUUCGCUUCCAACAAGAAAGGUAGUUUGGAGUUGUUUCAAAUCUCCAACUUAUUAAAUCUCUUUGAAACAAUUCAAUUCAAUUCAGUUAACAGGAGACCAGUUGGGGAGCACAAGUGCCAGAACCGAAGAUCAUUUACUCCUGUGUGCUCCUGUAGUGGUGCGUUUUGGUAGAAAUUUACAGCCUAGAUCAUAUGCGAAUGUCUCACACUCCAAAUUGGUGUCUCGCUUGACAGGCUAGGUGAGCACUUAAGAAACUAUGUUUAUUCCUCUAUUUUGCAUAUAAGAGUUAAUUUUGACUACCCAGUAGAGUAGAAAAUGGCCUUCGUUGCUUUACUUUUUAUGAUGUUACAACAUACAUGUGUUUGAGUUUCAAGGGCCAUGCUUUUCUGGAUUUGUCAUCAAGUAUUUUAGCAAAGGCUACACUGAGACUUUCAAAGAUAUGCCUGCACGAGUAGAUUGGUACCUGCAAAGGCGAUGUUAACAUCACUAUUUCGAUCGUAAUAAUUGAACACAUUUUUUUUUGAUAUUUACUUGUUCAUAUGAAUCCAAACUUGAAAUUCUCAUUGUCAAUGACAUUUUGUUUGCUCACAUUAGUAUUUAAUACAUUCUUCUUUGCCUAGGCUAA